UCUAGAGUUCUGCUCCAUGAUUACUACGUACUGACUUUAUAAAGAAUACGACAUUAUAAAUAUAGGUUUUAUUUUAGUUAGUAUUUUUUGUGUUUGUGCUGUGGAGCAUCCUUAGCAAUGAUUGUACUCGUUUAACAAAAGAAAUCUUUUGCCUCUUUGUGUCAAACUGUAUCUACGCUCUGAUGGAAAGAAACAGAUACCAAACAGCGGAAGGAUGAUUAUGGGUCACCCAUUUCGUGGAGCUAAUGGAGCGCUGUUCAUAUUAUUACUACAGUUUUUGUUCCUGAGAGCCAACUCGGGUGCAGACUACCCAGAUUCAGUCACAGAGAUGUCUUCACGCCGCUUUCGAGCAGAAUAUCUUCAAGAGUGGCAGGGGACAGACGCACCUUAUUUCGACCCUGGCACGCCAAGAAAUAUCACCGGAUUGGUUGGUCACCCAGUGCGUUUGCUGUGUCGCGUAAAGAACCUACAGAAUCGAACUGUAUCCUGGGUGCGUCAUCGUGACAUCCACCUGCUAACAGUGGGCCGUUACACGUACACAUCAGACCAGCGCUUUGAGGCGCAGCACAAGCCGCGAUCCGAGGAAUGGGCGCUUCGUAUCCGCAGCCCGCAACGUCGCGACUCCGGCCAAUAUGAGUGUCAAAUUUCUACCACACCACCCAUUGGGCAUGCCGUUUUCCUCAAUAUUGUCGAACCAGAGACUACAAUAUCGAGUGGAGCAGAGUUAUUCCUACAGAAAGGAUCAACUAUCAACUUGACUUGUACAGUGAGGCAUACUCCAGAACCACCUACAUCUAUUACUUGGACACAUGGGGAACAGGUGAUAAAUUUCGACUCGGCACGUGGCGGGAUAUCGCUUGUCACCGAAAAAGGUUUGAAGAGUACGAGCCGGCUCUUAGUUCAACGAGCGAGGGGUUCCGACGCGGGGCUCUACACUUGUGGUCCCAAUAAUGCUCCGCCUGCUUCAACGAGAGUUCAUGUCUUAUCUGGUGAACACCCAGCGGCCAUGCAACAAGGCUGUGCAACUUCGUCAUUAGAAAUAUCAGUGACAUUAACAUGUAUAAUACUUAUUUUAUCCAUUAAAAUACCUUAUACUUUUAGUAUACAAUAUAUUACAUCAAUCUAGUUCAAAACGAUACAAAUCUCAAAUUUGGUCGUGUUAUGUAUAAAGAGUCACAUAUUAACUCAUAAGUAAAUGUUUCGUACAAGUUGGAUAAGAUAAAUAAUAGAUAUUUUUAAAGGUUAGAUUUAAUUAUGUACUACGUCAUAGAAAAAUUGCCCGCGACUAAAUUAGCAGCUAACACAAAUAUUAAUUACAACUAAAUAUAUAUGAUAGAUGUUAAAUACAUAUGUGUGACCAUAGUGUUAGACACAAUGCUUUCGAAUCAGUGCUGAAGUUAUGUAUCGGUUAUGGCAAACGUCGUGAGGAAACCUUCAUGUCUCAAAACCAAAUGUCGAUGAAAUAAGUCAGUCAGAAUGCCAUGAAUGCAAUCGGAGCA